AAGGACGUCCGAUUACAAUUCUGGGAAACGUAUGAAGUCGUAGCAGAGGAAGUCGACAGCGAGUUCCUGGAGCGGUAUAACGGAGAUAUUGAUAUCAUCCCUACUUUCGCGGGUCUCUUUUCAGCUGUCACCACCUCCUUCAUAAUCGCUUCACAGCCUAAUGUGGGGGACACCACCAAUGCACUGCUCACCCAACUCAUAUUACUCGCGGCAAAUGGUACUUCAGCACCCCAGAGUAUUACGCUCCCGCAGCAAGCGGGAUAUUCGUCUAGUGAUGUUUGGGCUCAAAGCCUAGCCUACGCUAGUCUUCUACUUAGCCUCCUAGCUGCCUUUGGUGCAAUCCUGGGAAAACAGUGG